GUGGAGGGGGAAGUGACGUCUGAACCCUUAGAAACGAAGCCAGCUGGAGUGUCCGGAGGCUCAGAGGAGAAACAUUAAUACCAGUGCCGAAAAAAAGAGAGCAGGAUCGGAACCAGAGGGGAAGGACACCGACACCGCACGCCACGGUAUCUAGCGGGUCAGGAGAUUCUUUGGCAUUGAGGUGGACAGCAGAAGAUGAUGGACUACUACCAGACUCUUGGAGUACAAAGAAAUGCAUCACAAGAAGACAUUAAAAAAUCAUACAGAAAGUUGGCACUGAAAUGGCACCCUGAUAAGAACCCGGAUAACAAGGAGGAUGCAGAGAGGAAAUUUAAGGAACUGUCGGAGGCAUAUGAAGUUCUAUCGGAUGCCAAUAAGCGUGAUAUUUACGACAGGUAUGGUAAAGAAGGCUUGAUUGGAGGAGGAGGUGGAGGUGGAGGACACUAUAACAAUGGCGGCUUUGGGUAUGGAUUUUCAUUCCGCAACCCAGAAGAUGUGUUCAGGGAAUUCUUUGGAGGAAGAGAUCCUUUUGCAGAUUUCUUUGAUGAUCCUUUUGAUGACUUCUUUGGAAACCAAAGAGGCAGUCGUGGCGUGAGCAGGAGCCGUGCAGGGGGCCCGUUCUUCCAUGGGUUCGGUGGUUUCCCUCCCUUCGGAGCAGGGUUUUCUGGGUUCGAUCCAGGCUUUACCUCAUUCGGGCAAAUGGGCGGCGGUGGAUUUGCUUCGUUUUCUUCCACUUCAUUUGGAGGAGGAGGAGGCGGUGGCGGAAUGGGUAACUUCCGAUCAGUUUCAUCAUCCACCAAAAUAAUUAACGGCAGAAAAAUUACCACGAAAAGAAUCCUAGAGAAUGGGCAGGAGCGAGUCGAGGUUGAGGAAGACGGGCAGUUAAGAUCUCUCACUAUAAAUGGUAAGGAGCAGCUCCUACGGUUGGAUAACAAGUAGCUCCACGCAGCCUGUUUGAGUCAAAGCAAGUGCUUCAACAAUGUUCACCUUUUCUGUUUAAUAUGAGGAGGUUGUUUUGGAAGAUACCUUGAACGGACUGUAUUUCCACAAUUUACCCAACGUAUUUCUGAAUUGGAGCCUAUGAGAUGUUGCGUUGUAUUGCAGUUUGCUUUUGUUGGGACCAUAUUCUAUUAGUAGUACCAUAAUAUUCCUGUUUGUUCAUUUUGAUGUACUUCUUUUCUGUAAGCACUUUGCUGUGUUGCAUUUGUUUCCCUAGAUGUACAUUGCCUUUUAGCUUGUUGGGGCCAGACAAAAUGUUCAUUUUACUGAAGCAUUAAGUGUUUUUUUUUUUUUUUCAGACUAGAAAAUUGAACCUUGCUUUAAUAUUAAACUGCUUUCUAACUUGUCUUUUUUGUACAUGCCAUUAAUAAUGAUGCUAAUAAAUUAAUAGUAUUAAUAUGCAUUGUUUUAUUUGUUUAAACAACCCAGCAGUUAUUCAUUUCUGCAUGAAUGCCAAUAAUAAGCGCUGUUAUAUAUCAUUUAUGUUGCUGUUGCAUAACCAGUUGCAAAAUAAACAGAUUUUUUUUUUUCUGUAAUUUGCUAAAUAAGUCAUUUGGAAUCAAUAAAUUGUUUGUUACAUCCUUCCUAGGGAUGUUGUAA